CGGCCACCCUCCUCCCUUCCUCCCCCUCCUGUAUCUCCCCACUGCCCCUCUGCUCGCGUGUGCCUCUCCCUCUUCCCUUCGUGGAGCCUUGUACUGCCUCACCCUCCUCCCCCCCCCUCCCCUUCCCCAGGCGGCACCCGACCUUCCCCCUCUUCGCCUCCCCUCUCUCCGCCAGCCAUGAGCGAUUCUGCCAAUACCUCCGCCACCGAGCCGACACACCUCGCACAGAGGAUCGACGGACUUUCGCUCCAGCCGGCCGACCCCCCAGCCGACCCGAAGUACCCCUCUUCGGAUUACUACCUCAAGAAGGCCCGCCGCCGUGCGGCCAUCGAGGGGCAUUCGGAGUCGGUCUUCUGCCAGCCCGCACGCAUGGUUGAUAUUGAGGAUCUUCGUGCAGCGGUUCCAACCUUCUCCCCCGUCAACGUUCGCGGCCUUGUUCCUGGAGAUGUUAAGCUCUGGUGCACCUGUGGCCUGAGCGCCAAGCAGCCCUGGUGCGAUGGUGCCCAUCGGGGUACGCGUUUCCGGCCUCUGAAGUGGGUGGUCCCGAAGCCGGCCAGCUCCGCCACAAACCCCAAUCCCAAGCCCCCACUUGUGUAUCACAUCUGCUCAUGCAAGUAUACUGCCAUGCCGCCCUAUUGCGAUGGCGUCCAUGUCAUGUUUCCGCUCAAUUACGUCCACAAGCAGGCCGAUUGCCCGGGGCCCCAUACUCCGGGAGUCACGCGCCUGUGCGACAAGUGCGGCUGGGCGUGCCCGGAUCUCAAGCGUGCUUGGGCCGCGGAAAAUCACCCAGAGCUGACCGCCGCCACGGCUGGCGACGCCAGCGGCGAGGAGUCGGAUCUCAUUUCGGACUUCGAGCUGAGCGACACGGAUGCCGACUACACACCCUUCCGCCCAGGAGCCGGAUGUGGCGGCCCAUGCCAGGGAUGCCCCGUGGCUCCGUAUGCCUGCCAUGAUCAUCAGGAGGCCCAUCAGGCGGAGGGGGACUCCGACAUGCGCGAUUCCUCCCCCUCUGGGGACCAGCCUUCGGCGGCCGAGCUUUCGGUGCAGAUGGAUGCCGAUGCCUAAGGCAACUCCCACACGUGUCCCUUGAGCCCCAUCUCCGGAAAGAUAUUUCCUUUGCACACAUGUUGUUGCCAGUGCG